GAUGGAUCACCAUUAGAUCGAUGACUUGUGAAGAAAUGUUUUAAAUCAUCUUAUCACAUGGGAGAAUGAACACUUUAUUAUUUCUGCGAAGGAUUUCAGCAUGUACUUUUCUUCGGCCUGUCUUCAAAGUAAAACACUUGAGGGUAUCAAAUACCAAGAACUACACGACUUCCAAAGACCUGUCUGAUAAAACGUUCUGGGAACAUUUCUACGCCUCGCACUCGCCAGACAAGGGUUUUGAUUGGUUCCUAGGAUUUUACGAUGUCAAGGACUACCUUACCCGUUACCUCCCCCCUGAGAACCAGGUCUCCAGAAUCCUAGAUCUUGGUUGCGGGACCUCGAACUUCAGCCUUGAAAUGUUUUGUCACCUACAAGGUAAGUGUAACAUUGACUGUGUCGACUAUUCUGAAACAGCCUUGAAGAUACUGAACCAACGAAUUAAACUGUUGAAAGAUCGAGAGAAAACUUUAUUUACUGCUGUUGGUGAGAUAUCGCUUUUCCUGGCCGAUGUACGUAACCUUCCUUUUCGCGACGAAACGUUCGAAUUAACCAUAGACAAAGGGACUUCUGAUGCUGUUUUAAGAUCUCCAAACGGAGAAAAAGACUUCUUCAAAUUAAUAGCAGAAGUUCUAAGAGUUUCACAACAUGGGGGAACAGUUAUACAGUAUUCGGACGAAGCUCCUGAGGCACGGAUGGAUUUGUUGAGUAAAAUUAGUGGACAUGUUUCGUCUGGUCUUGACGUCCAUUACAAGGAGCUGGGGUGUUAUCAGUCCAUCGAAUACUUUAUGUAUGUUUUACAGAAGGGUUGAGUGUUACCAUGGUGAGAUGUGUGGCCAACUGCGCACGUUGAAAUCUUGGAUGUUACCAUAGUUAUGUUUUACGGCGUAGUGCCACUUAUUUUCCUUCGCGGUUGUUUAAUAUUGGUAGCUUCGAGGGAGACUAUGCGCCACCUUACUGUGAAUUUUAACUGCCUUUCUUGAUACUCUGCAAACGCAACGGCGGAUUGUUGUGAAAUUGGCUUUUCGGGUUGCCGUCAGUCAAAAAGAUGACAUAAUCUUCCGAACGAAAACCGAAUGCAAAUCGACCAGACUCCGGCGAUCGACCGAUCGAGCGAAAUAAUUUGAAAUAACAUGCCAUGGACACUAGAGAAAAACG